AUGUCGCAGCCCAAAAAUUGGCCGUCCGGAUUGCCAUAUUUUUCGGCGCCGGCGCACUCCGGGCUCCUGAGCCAAACCCAACGACAUGCCAUCACCCAGAAACCAGCAGACGUGCCUGACAUCCCCGCGCAAGCCACCGUGCUCCCCAGUCCGUCGGUAAAAAUCACGCCCAUCACGGACCCGGGACACCCUGCAAAAGGCCAGUACGGGCUAUUCGCGGCACGGCACCUCAAGCCGGGGACAUUUAUCCUACCGUACUUGGGUACUGUACACCCCGAGGUCCAGGAAGCCGGGAUGGAGAAGUCAGAUUACGAUCUGUGGCUGGACAGGGGUGCGGAGGUCGCGGUGGACGCGGACAAGGGCGGGAACGAGGCGAGGUUCAUCAACGACUACCGAGGUGUUAGAGAGAGACCGAACGCGGAGUUUCGGGAGGUCUGGUGUCAGAGGUGGAAUCAGAAAUGCAUGGCUGUGUGGGUAUUGCCUGAGGGCAAGAAUGGACGCGGGAAGGGAGGCAUUGGGAAGGCAGAGGAGGUUUUGGUGAGCUAUGGGAAAGGUUUUUGGGGCUGUCGAAAGAUCGAGGGGAUUUGA